AUAUCGGGUUGGCCUGGAUGGACAGUGUGGAAUUGGGCCUGAAGCGAUCUCACUCCGGUACCCUCUCCACUCCUCUUAACCCCACUCCGCCGCCGCCGCCGCCGAGUUCUCCGCGGUUCCAUUCGCAUCGGCAGCGCGUCUUCUACCCGAGCCGCCACCAUGCCGAAGCAGAUCCACGAGAUCAAGGACUUCCUGCUGACGGCGCGGAGGAAGGACGCGCGGUCGGUGCGGAUCAAGCGGGCCAAGGGCGCCGUCAAGUUCAAGGUUCGCUGCUCCAGGUACCUCUACACCCUCUGCGUCCACGACGCCGACAAGGCCACCAAGCUCAAGCAAUCGCUCCCGCCAGGUUUGAGCGUUCAGGAGAUUUAAGUAGCAAGCCGAACUACGCCUUUCGGUGUCAGAGAUGUUUGCCCUCCAGUAUUUCUUUAGUACAAUGCAUAGGUGGCUUAAGCCAUGUUAAGUUUGAGUUUGAUUGAAAAGUGUAAUGUUGGAAGUGAAUCAGUAUUGGACCUAUGAUCCUGUAGUGUAAUGGUACUCCCGUGCGGAGAAGAUAACCGCCAAUCAAUAUUGUUUUGAGUCUGAAUUUUGUCGCCUAUCAAUAUCGUUUUGAGUCUGAAUUUUGUGAAAUA